AUGGCUGAGAAAACAAGUUAUCCACAUCGUUAUCGAUCAGCACACAGCGUUCAUCAUUACAAACCGUUGCUACCGAGUGACCGGCGCAUGGGACCGAUUCGCAAAAAGAAAACCCGCUUCAAGGUGCUGCUCAUGAUGGGGACCGUGUUCGCCUGCCUGCUGUACGCGAUCGAGCGGCCAUUUUGGUGGGACUACGACGCCAUGGAAGCGCCUCUCUGGAAUGAAGCCCUCGAGACGCGCGACGACGAGCAACACUUCAACUACAACAGUUCGUAUUUUGUCAAUACGGCUGGCUGCAAGAUGCCUAGCUUCCCGAUCGUGAACGAUCGCAUCCAGAAGUUUGUUGAACGACCGGAACCGAUAGAGUGCGUUCCGGCGCUGCUGCAAUCGGACGAACGGUGGCUUUGGUUCCGGCUGUCGGAGGACGACAUUGAGCGGCACUACAAUGUGACGAACGUCAGUUUGGUGCAGUGCUGUGUUCGGCCGUUCGAGCGGUUAACUGAUCAGGAGGAACAUCAGAUAGGCAACGAAAGUUGUUUCAAGUAUCCCGCUCGGUAUGAUGUAAAGGAUGAGGAGUUCUUGAUGGUGAACUGUCAUCAUCCGGGUGUGAAAGAUCCCUUCUAUAGGGACUUUUUCGCGUUCGUACCGUGGAAGAAACCGGUCGAGCAGCGAAUACGAAACCGUGCCAAUGGUCAAUCGUCGGAUUUUGUCAAUGAGAAUAGACUAAAUGUGAUGAUACUUGGCAUAGAUGCGGUAUCACGGUUGAAUCUUCAUCGUCAGAUGAAUCAGACAAUGGAUUACGUCCUCAACACCCUGGACGGAAUAGAAAUGUUUGGUUACAACAAAGUAGGUGACAAUACAUUCCCCAACAUGGUACCGGCCUUAACGGGGCUCGACAUCGACGAACUCGGUGCAGCAUGUCUUCCAAACUCCAGCAGUACCUUCGACCUGUGCCAGUUCGUGUGGAAUAAGUACGGCGAUGUGGGCUAUCGGACCGUGUACGCCGAGGACAGUACGACCAUGGGAACGUUCAACUAUGGCAAAAAGGGCUUCCGCCAACAACCGACCGAUUACUACCUGAGAAACUUUUUCCGCCAGAUGGAAAGCAGCGUGGGUUACAACAAGAAGCUAAACGCCAAACUGUGCCUGGGAGGCCGCAGCCCCACGCAAGUGCUGCUGGAUUACGCGCGUAAGCUCGUGAAAACGUUUGACGCCAGGCAGCCGGUGUUUUCGCUGCUGUGGGGCGUUGGCAUGACGCAUGAUUUCUUCAACAAUCCAUCCUUGAUCGAUGACGACUAUCGGGCGGUGCUGGAGUACAUGAACAACCAAACGCAGUACCUCAACCGCACGGUACUGAUUCUGAUGAGUGAUCACGGUAUCCGGUGGGGAUCGUUCCGCAACACGUACCAGGGCAUGAUGGAGGAAAGGCAGCCGUUUCUGAUAUUUAUUCUGCCCGCUUGGUUUCGGGAGCAGUAUCCCACGGCGUAUUACAACCUACGCCGGAAUCGGUUACGAUUGACGACACACUUCGAUCUGUACGAAACGCUUAAGGACUUCCUGGAUAUGCCUGGCCUAGCGACGGGAUCGAUACGAGAACGCACAAACGAACUGCUCGAGACCAGACCAACUCCAAGGGGAAUAAGCCUAUUUCUACCGGUACCGACAACGCGGACGUGUGAAGAUGCCGGUAUCGCUUCGCACUGGUGCACCUGCCAUGAUCAUAAGCCGCUGGCGAAGAACGAUCACCAAGUGAUACAGGCGGCUCGGUUUGCGGUUGAUCGCGUGAACCAUCUUCUGCUGGACUAUCCGCAGUGCAGCGUGCUGCAUCUGAACUCGAUCGAGGAUGCGAGCGUGGGAAUGUCGCCGGAAAACAUCACGGCUAAGCACAAAUUCAGUGACAUCAGCGUACGGUUCGUGACGAAACCGGGCGACGGAGAGUUCGAGGCAACGGUGCGUAUUGAUUCAAACAACGAUAGCUUUCUCACGGGUACGGUUAGUCGAACUAACCUGUACGGAAAGCAGAGCUUCUGUGUCGAUGAUUACCGAUUGAAGUUGUACUGCUUUUGUGGUCGAUAGUCUGCCGUAUCUACGAGGCGGGUAUUAUUUAUUACCAGGACAGGCUAGGCGACACAAGUGAGCAGAAUUUAUAUCAUCAAGCACUGGAAUGAACUAGGAUAGAAUAGGGUAGGAUAGACACCGUGUAUUCCUUUCUAAGUAAGCAGGCAUAGUUUAGAAUGCGAUAAACCAUCAUCUCAAUCAAAACCACUCGUUGCGAUGCAUGCAAGUGAUAAAGUAGAGAUACGAGAAUUUUGCUUCCAUAUUACGAAUCGUGUGUAUCGAUCGGAUGAAGAAACAGCAAGGAACUAAGUGUAUAACAAAAGUUUGAUUUAACUGUUUCUUUUUGUAUAUUUUUGCUUUUUUGUCUCAUUCCCUGACGUUCGUUGAAGUA